UGUACUCCUGGGAGAUAUGGAAAAGAUUGCAAAGAGAUGUGUCACUGUGAAAGAAACGAGUUAUGUAAUCAAAGCAAUGGAUACUGUUCUGGGUCAUGUGAUCGAGGAUAUUAUAUGGAUAAAUGUCCAACAAAGCAGCUUGUAAUCCCUGGAUAUACUUUGGCAACUAGUAGUUCUGUUGAUCAUGAAUACGUUGGAAACCCAAAAAAGACAGUGGAUGGAGAUUUCAGACAAAGACCUUAUAUUCACUGCUUGCAUACAGCUCGCUGGCAAAAGGAGGCUUGGCUAAAGAUUGACCUUCGCAAAAUAUACAAUAUCAGCUAUGUCAAGUUUUGGUAUAGAAAUGACAGCAACAAUCCCUCACUACCUAACACAAGGAGGAUACAAGGGUACACCAUGAGUCUUUCAAACACAAGUAAAACUCCGGAAACAUGUUUUCAACACAAUGGAAAUGAUAACCUGCCAACAAUUAUCGAAAACAAUUGCAAAGGAGUAGCAGAGAACGUAUGGAUCAAGACAAAUAAAUGGUUUUCCGAUGGAGUUAUCCUGGAAAUAUGUGAAGUGCAGGUUUAUGGUUGUUCGUACCAGGAAAGCAGUGGACCUUGUGUCCGUUGCAACCAGUGUAAGGCUGGAUGCAAAGACAACGGGGAAUGUGAUGAAUCCGGUUGUAAGAUGAGUGGCUAUCUUCCUCCAUAUUGUAAAGAAUGUAAAAGUGGAAAAUUUGGUAAGGAUUGUACUUCUACCUGUGGGCAUUGUUCCAAUGAUGUUCCGUGCAAUAAAGUGAAUGGGUCCUGCCCUGAAAACUGUGCACCUGGAUGGAAAAACACAUCAGACAGGAAAUGCAAUCAAGAAUGUGAUAACGAAUCCUUUGGGUUGGAUUGCCGGUAUAACUGCAGCGGACAUUGUGAUGGAAAAGUGCCGUGCAAUAAAGUCGAUGGACUUUGUCAAGGAGGGUGUGAAGUUGGAUGGAUAAAUCCCUACUGCAAUGGAACCUGUCGUGGUGGUUUUUACGGCAAGAACUGCAAUCGUAGCUGUGGACAUUGCUUGAACAAAGAAAGCUGUGAUCACGUGACAGGUUAUUGUCCAGAUAAACUCUGUGAACCAGGAUAUAAAAAAAGAAAAUGUGAUAAAGAGUGUGAUAACGGAUAUUUUGGCAAUAACUGUAGAGAAGCAUGUAGUGGACAUUGUGCAGGGAAUGUGCCAUGCAAUAAAACUGACGGUACUUGUCCAGGAGAAUGUGCAGAUGGGUGGAUAAAGCCCCGCUGCAAUGAAACAUGUCCAAAUGGUUUUUACGGCAAGAAUUGUACUUUUCUCUGUGGACAUUGCUUGAACAAAAGAAGCUGUGAUCACGUGACAGGUUACUGUCCUUCUGGACAUUGUGAAGCAGGGUAUAAAUUUAAUGAAAAGAAAUGUGAUGAAGAAUGUGAUGCCGGUACUUUUGGAUACUACUGUAGGGGAAAUUGCAGUGGACAUUGUGCAGGGAAUAUGACAUGCAAUAAAACUGAUGGUAUUUGUCCUAGAGGGUGUGCAGAUGGAUGGAGAGAUUCCUCUUGCAGAGAAAAAUGUAAUGUGGGGUUUUAUGGCAAAGAUUGUCAGGAAGAGUGUGGUCACUGUGUUAUACCUGAGACCUGUCACCACGUCAACGGAUUCUGUCCCGGGCAAUGUGAACUUGGAUAUCAGGGAGAUAAAUGCAAUAGAGAAUGUGAUGUGAAUUUUUAUGGCAAAGACUGUCAGGAAGAGUGUGGUCACUGUAUAGGUCCUGAGACCUGUCAUCACAUCAACGGAUCCUGUCCCGGACAAUGUGAACCUGGAUAUCAGGGAGAUAAAUGUGACUUUAAAUGUGACAAUGGAACAUUUGGACUCCGCUGCAAUUUUACCUGUGCUCAAGGCUGUCUGUCUGUCUGCAAUAAGAUCAACGGAACGUGUGAUCAGUGUCAAUAUGGAUUUGUUGGAAUAUUCUGCAAUAUAACUGUUGCAGAUGUUCAGAGUGAGGCUUCCACGGCUGCUGCUGCAGGAAUAGGCGCUUUCAUGUUAAUACUAGUCAUAAUAGUCAUUGUCCUAGCGCUUAUUUUAGCAAGGAAAGCAAGACAGAAAAAGGAAGGUGACAUAGCCCUAAAAGAAAGAAAACAAGCGUCUAACACCGAAAACAAUAUUGAAGACAGACUAGAUAAUACUGAGAACCAUGCUCCUGUAGAGGAAAAUACUGAGAUUGAGUAUAUUGUCACAGACAACGGUCAGAAGAAAACUCUCAUCAGAAUAGCUGAUCUUGGAAGAAUAAUCAAAGUAUUCUCGAUGGAAGAAAAUAAGAAAUUCACUGAGGAAUUUAAGGGAAUACCCUACGGUGAACAGCAACACAUUCCUUGUUCCUUGGCUAAACUACAACAAAACAUGCCGAAAAACAGAUACAAAACGACGUUUCCAUGUAUGUUUAAUAUGUAUCAAAUAAUGCUUUUAAACUGUAGUUUGUUAAUAUUUCUUGAAUGUAAGGUAAGUUUUGCAAUAAAAUAGUUCUAUGAGUUUGAUCUAUA